UGUCACUUCCGGGCUGAUAGCGAUGGUUAGUAUCAAGCAACCAAUAAGAAGAAUGGAAUUUUAAUGUAAUACCUUUCUCCGAGAUAUAUUUUAAAGUUGUUUUCAUAUAUGGACAGAUUGCUAGCUAGCAACCGCUGUUCCAUUUCUUAGAUGCUUUUAAUUGACGCCGCCAUUGUUUGGGGAUAGCUUUACAAUAAGGAGUACUGUUUCCCUGUGGGCUCGAUGGACACACAGACAGAAAGACGGACUGACAUUCAGCGGAAGUAAAAACUGUGUGGGGGAGGACUAAGUCGGGAACCAAAAAGCAGAACCUCUGCAGGGUCUCUCUGACUGUGUGAAGAAGAGCAGGUUUCGUCUCAGAAACAUCAGUGGAAGAACAGAGGAGACGAGCGUCUCUCCUCCACACCUCUCCUGCGCCGCCCUUCUCGUGCCCCUUCCCAGCCCCGCCCUGUUCCGUCCCGCCCCGCCGCAAGAAUGAGGCUGAAGGAGGGCAUCAACCCCCUGCUGCUGCAGGUCUUCCGCUCGGUGGUCUGGCUCUACUCGGUCCUUACCUUCCUGCCCUGGUACCUGCUGUCGGGCGCCAGCGCCAACCUGGAGCGGGCCAAGCGGGCGAAGGCGCGGUCCGCCAGCGGCCGGCCGGCGGGCCCGUACCGGGCGACCAACGCCAUGCAGCGGCUGGCGUCCACGCUGCACCCGGCCUGCGACACGCUGGACAAGGUGUUCGAGUACGCCGUGCGCCGAUUCCCCCGCCGCCACUGCCUGGGCACACGGGAGGUGAUCAGCGAGGAGGACGAGCCCCAGCCCAACGGGAAGGUCUUUAAGAAGGUGAUCCUGGGGGAGUACCGCUGGCUGUCGUACGAGGAGACGUUCCGGGCCGCCGAGCGCUUCGGCAGCGGGCUGGCGGCGCUGGGCCAGAGGCCGCAGCACAACAUCGCCAUCUUCUGCGAGACGCGCUCCGAGUGGAUCAUCUCCGCCCAGGCCUGCUUCAUGAACAACUUCCCCCUCGUCACCUUGUACGCCACGCUCGGAGGACCCGCCAUCGCCCACGGUCUGAACGAGACUGAGGUCACCCACAUCAUCACCAGUAAAGACCUGCUACAGACCCGGCUAAAGGCCAUCCUGUUUGAGGUGCCCAGACUUCAGCACAUCAUUGUAGUGGACGAUAAGCCCACCUCAUGGCCUGGGUUCCCCAGGGGCAUUAUGGUGCACAACAUGGCGUCUGUGCAGGAGCUGGGAGCCAAGCCUGAGAACAUGUCCAGACCGCGCAUACAGCCCAUCCCCUCCAGCAUAGCCGUCAUCAUGUACACCAGCGGCUCCACGGGGAUCCCCAAAGGCGUGAUGAUCUCCCAUAGCAACCUCAUCGCUGGCAUCACAGGCAUGGCAGAGAGGCUCCCGAACCUCGAGGAGACGGACACCUACAUAGGGUACCUGCCGCUGGCCCACGUGCUGGAGCUGAGCGCCGAGCUGGUGUGCGUGUCUCACGGCUGUCGCAUCGGCUACUCCUCCCCCCAGACGCUGGCCGACCAGUCCACAAAGAUCAAGAAAGGCAGCAAAGGAGACACGAGCAUGCUGAAGCCGACCCUGAUGGCCGCGGUGCCGGAGAUCAUGGACCGCAUCUACAAGAACGUGACGACCAAGGUGGACGAGAUGAGCCGGCUGCAGCGGACUCUCUUCGUCCUCGCCUACAACUACAAGAUGGAGCAGAUCUCCAAGGGUUACACCACACCGCUGUGUGACCGUCUGGUGUUCAGGAAAGUGCGCUCUCUGCUGGGCGGGAGGAUCCGGGUGCUGCUGUCGGGCGGGGCGCCCCUGUCUGCCGCCACGCAGCGCUUCAUGAACAUCUGCUUCUGCUGCCCCGUGGGGCAGGGCUACGGCCUGACCGAGACCUGCGGGGCGGGCACCAUCAGCGACAAGUGGGACUACAGCACCGGAAGGGUGGGCGCGCCCCUGAUCUGCUCCGAGAUCACCCUGAAGGACUGGGAGGAGGGGGGUUACUACAGCACAGACAGGCCCCACCCCCGCGGGGAGAUCCUGAUCGGAGGUCCGAACGUCACCAUGGGCUACUACAAGAACGAGGGCAAGAACCGCGAGGACUUCUUCUUGGACGAGACGGGCCAGCGCUGGUUCUGCACGGGGGACAUCGGCGAGUUCCACCCCGACGGCUGCCUGAAGAUCAUAGACAGGAAGAAGGACCUGGUGAAGCUGCAGGCCGGGGAGUACGUGUCGCUGGGGAAGGUAGAGGCCGUGCUGAAGAACUGCCCCUUCAUCGACAACAUCUGCGCCUACGCCAACAGUGAGGAGUCCUACGUGAUAAGCUUUGUGGUGCCAAAUCAGAAGCAGCUGCUGGCCCUGGCGCAUCAGAGAGGGGUUCAGGGCUCCUGGGAGGAGAUCUGCAAUAGCCCAGAGAUGGAGAAGGAAGUGCUGAGGAUCAUCACAGAGGCCGCCAUCGGAGCCAAGCUGGAGCGCUUCGAGAUCCCCAGAAAGAUCCGCCUCAGCGCGGAGCCCUGGACCCCGGAGACGGGCCUGGUCACCGACGCCUUCAAGCUGAAGAGGAAGGAGCUGAAGUCACACUACCAGGAGGACAUAGAGAGGAUGUACGGGGGGAAGUAGGAAACGCAGACAGGAUCCCGGGCCUCCUUUUGUCUCCCACCCUGACACACCAAGCUCCUAUCAAAUGGGGAAAUACUUGAAUCUGCUUCUUACACGCCAGACCAAAAAAAUAAAUAAAAAAACGAAACUGAAACAUGAAGUGACGAUGGAGAAGGGGGAGGAGGCAUUGCAAUGUGUUGCCAUAUAGUUGGCUGUAUGAUGUGUCCUCUCCUGGUUGGUCACAAAAUGUGUCCUCGCCACGUCAGCUGUAUAGCCUCUCCCACAGUCAGCGACAUCACAGAGAGGUCUUUGCCAAGGCGAGACACACAGAUGUGUGUUUGUAAAUGAAGUCGUCAUGGAAACCCCUAUCCCUUCCUCAUCCAAGGAUAUUCAACAGCCAGGCAUGAGAUGUGAAAUUAUUCAGCCUUGGCCUUGUAUGGUGGAGCCUCUAAUGUCUGUCCAUAUUUCACUUUGUGCAGGGAUAUGUUGUAUACUUGGUUUGUUUGGUUAGUUUGGUCCAUUUAUUGUAUAUCCUUUGAACCUUAAGCCAUGGAAUAUUGUACACAAAUAUUUUAUUAUGGUUUCUGUUACUGUAUUUGAUUUUGUUUGGGGGGGAAAAAAUGUCAUGUUGCAAUAAGCUCUUUAUCUGAGUUUCUCGUUUUUUCUUCGUCCUGUGAAUGAUCGUCCUCAAGGAGUGACAGUUUCGCACUCGAGGAGACUUGACUGGAGAAAUGUGUGCACCUACACUGAAGGGUUUGUGUGUCUGCUCUGAUUGCAAGAGAACAGAACGUUCUGUUGAGGUUUUGGUCCAUAAUUAAAUUUUGUCUGUUACAUAGGACUUAUGUGAAAUCAGAAAUGAUGAGGUCAAACAACCCACCUUGUUCAAGGUGUGCUACCAUUUGAAAACAGAGGAUUUGCAGAUUGCAGCAAAAAAACAGGGCCUUGUACCAUCCUGCACAGCAUCAAAAUGAAGGUGUGUUUUCAUUGGCCAAAUAAUUAUUCUUUUACUGCAUGACCUGAUCUUAUUGGCCCUUCUGUGAACCUUCCUUCUAAACUCCAACCAACAAGAGGGUGGAGAAGUAGUGGAAGCCUUACACUUUCUGGUCAUCUAAAAACAAUCUGCGUUCAGCCUGUUUCUAUCUUCUGUGAAGUUGACACGCCUAUUUGGGUCACCCCAUGGACACUUUUCAGUUUUAAAUGCACAAAACACUUAUUUGUUGUUGCCCAGAUUGACUCACUGGUAUUGUUCCUAAUGGCCAGAGUCCACAUCUGCAGUACAGAAUACAUUCUCAGUGAUGACCAAUGUAGCACAUGAAUGUUUUCCUUGAAGUUGAAAGGUACUUUGUUUUGGUUAUUAUGUGCAGUCUUUAUUAUAGCAGUCUAUACUAGUCUGGUGUGUUGGAAGUACAUUUUAAUGUUAUUGCUCAUGAUAUCAUGAUCUGAUUUUUAAAAAAUAAUAUUAGUUGAAUGUGCAAUAUACACAGAUCAUUAUUCUCAGCCAAAAUGAACACACAUGUUCUUUGUGGGGCAUGAACAUCUGUUUAGUGAGAGAACUAAAAUUACAGUUUACCACCAUGGUUUUCAUGUUUAUAAUAACAAGAACUAUGUAUAUUAUGUAUAUUGAUAUGGUUUUAAAAAAAUAAGUUUUGCAUGAUUUUAGAACAACUGAAAAACACUAAAUCUGCAUGUGUAUAAUUGGCGAAGGCUGUGGUUUCGGACUUGUGCCUGAACAGAUGGAGAAUUUGACUUUUCGAAUUGAUACUCUAAAUCACCGUUUCUGUUCAUACACUGAAUCACUUAAGAUAUUUUUUUCUUCAAGCACUCCCAAAUAUCUGCUGUGGCUGUAUCCUUUAAAGUAUACAAAAGAACAUCAUGUAGUGAGAGGUAUAACUGGAACCUUUAAAGCUGUUGUGGGUUUUAAAAGUUAAAAACACCGGUGAUGUUGUCUAUGGUUCCCCCAGUAUGAGUUUUUAUUUGCCUCUAUAUCAGCUCUUCAGACCGACAGUCAUCCUUAAGGUGUUUUUGUUCAGAUUUAAAACUGGGUGUAUUUACAGUAUUCCAUAUCCAGCUGACCUUAGUAGAGCACUGAUGUACAAUUUGGUCCCAAUAAAAUCUGGGCUAUGCGGGUGCUAACUGUGGCCGGGAGCACCAGGGGGCACCCCAUAGCUGCUCACAGCAAUACCCAGGGAGGGAGGAUGCAACUAUCUGGGUCAUGCCUUGCUUCGAUUAGUUAUUUACCGUUGCUAGUUGAACAAUCCUCAAGUACAGAAACUGCACAGCUCAGCUGGAUUGCAAUAAGGAAAGUGCCAGUAUAUGGCUACACACACUUAAGUGAAUGAGGGUGCUACAGUGCACUUCCUUUAGAUUGUCCAAUUGGGGGUAGAUGCACCAAUGGGACAAGCAUACAGUUAUAAUUGGGCUAUUCAAAUUGGGGAGAAAAAAUGGGGCCUAAACAAAAUUGCUUUAAAAUAAUAGUCUGUUGUGCCAGUUAUACAUUGGGGGAAAGGACAAUGGGGGAAAACUUCUUCAGCACUCUAAGCUCUACACCAAACAGCGAUUUCCAAAACGUUGACAUCAUGAGAAAGUGUCUUUGUACUGCUUGAUAUAUGUAGUUGCCUUGUUAUAUUGUAUUAAUUUAGUUCAUAGUAAAAAUUUAACAGUAUAUUUAUGGGAGAAUGUUUAUAUUCAUCAAAUUCAGUGAGGUUAUGCUCUGUUUUCCAAACCUUUCACAGGAUUAAUAUGAAUUCAGAUGCUGGACAAGAUACAACGAAAUGUCAGAAAAAAUGUGCAAAUUGUCACUCCUUUUUCCUUGUACUGUAAAUAAAGUGGGGCAGUGAUCAAAAUUCACAGGUGAUAGCAAAUGUACAGAUAUAAUCUUCAUUCUACCUGAUCUUUAUUAUUUUAACCAGUUUUUUGUUGUUUCUCUCUAAUUUGGGGGGUGGGGGGAUUGCCCAUGUUUGCUUGCAGAAGCUUUGCCUUGUAACAUACUGCAGGCCAUUGCCAAUGCAUCCUACUUUAUUGAACUGUAAAUUGGCCUUGGAAAGAUGUUAUAAAAAAUAAGUGUUUGCUUGGUCUGAA